AGCUAGACCAAUAGCAUCAUUCGAACUACAGUUCUCCAUCCGAGCAGAUCAUCAGUUACAAAUCCUGCAAAAUGUGUUCCGAAACCGCUCUUAUUUCCAACUUCAACGGAGUGCCAGAGAAGCAAUCUUCGCUCACCGGCGCCUCCACCAACAUCAAGAAGCUGCUGAAGACCAUCAAGAAGAUCUUCAAGAACUCCAAGUCUGCAAAGGAGAUCCCGAUCUCCGACAUCAUCUACUCCUGCGACACCGAGGAGGAGCACCAGAACUGGCUCAACGAACAACUAGAAGCCAAGGCUAUCAGUCUAUCUUGCUGAGUUCUUCUGGGACACCUCCCAUCCUCCAUCGAGUAUCUGUGAUGUGACCCGAUUGAAAGGUCUAUAAAUCGGCACUUCAGCUUUAAUCUCCAACUGUGAUGAUGAGAACACGAGACUGACUAACUUGUGUGCCUCGGAAACGGCUAACAAUGUCGCUUCCUCCAACUGUACAUAUCAAAAUAGCUGCUAAAAUGUCUUCAAAUGCUUUAAUUUAGCCUAAGUUCAUAGCUAUAAUCAUUGUCUUCCAUUAGCUUUAAGAAAAUCAUUGUCUUCCAUGUUUGUUUGUUUAGGGUCAAAAAUUAGCUUAAGAAUAAAAAUCCCUCGCGGAAAAAGAAAA